AUGGCGUCUUAUCCACAAGGCUAUGAUGAGGAAAGAUUUGCGACCACAGUCAAUCAAAAUUUCCUCUGUUUGAUUUGCUUCAACGUUUUAAGAGAGCCCGUCCUGUGUCCGAGAAACCAUCAUUGUUUCUGUCGUUCUUGUAUUACGAAACACCUCGAGAAUUCUCGAAGAUGCCCUACAUGUGCGGACGAACUGACUGUAGAGACUUUGGCCGAACCACAAAGAAUGGUAAAAGAUAUUUUGAAUGAAUUAAAUAUCCACUGCAUUUACAUCGACAGAGGUUGUCAAGAGAUCCUACAAUUACAACAUCUUGAACGCCACGAGGCUACAUGUGGAUUUACACCAGCCGUUUGUACAAACCAAGGCUGUGGUGCAACUUUAAACCAGCGUGAUCUUGUUUACCAUCAAAGUGAACUAUGUGAAUUUCGCAAGUUGAAGUGCCACUCGUGGGGAGAAACGACAAAAACAUUGGCGAAUAUGCAAGAAAAGAUUGCGAACAUGGAGAAGAACAUGGCUUUUAUGCGAACCAAAAUUACAAAUAUAGAGAAGAAUAUUGCGACAAAUGCGGCAGAUAUCAAAACAGAAAUGGAAGGAAAACUCGAAGCAGUAAAUAAUGAAGUGAGAGGAUUGAAAACUGCUUUGAUUGAAGGUUUUGAUGAAAUGAAGGAUGUUCUUGCUGAGAUGAAAGAAGAAAACACAAGAAAAGUAAGAAAUACAGCAAGUGGUGAUAAGGAAAAUAUAAUUGUUGCUGGAGGUGUAGGAACUGACUCUGUAGAGAUGUUUGACUGGCAUCAAAGAACAUGGUCACCAUUACAAUCCUUGCCAAAGGAGCGUCAUGGAGCGACUUCAUUUGUGUACAACAAUCAUGUGACAAUUUCUGGAGGUUCCUGUUCUGGUUAUGUCGAUGAUAUGAUUAGAAUGAAUAUCAAUCCAAACCCUGAUCUCUCAAUGCACUGGACUGACUGUCCUGUUAAACUACCUGCUAAGUUAAAAUACCACAGCAGUGUGCUUUAUAAUAAUAAUUUGAUAGUCACAGGUGGUCAUUAUGGAAAUGCAACAUCUGACUGUAUUCAUGAAGUCCAGCUGGUUCCUCCUCAUACUGUGAGGACCUUGUCAAGAAUGCCAGAAGGAAGAAGUGCUCACGGUAUGGAAUUAUUUGACGAGGAUUUGUUGAUCGUUGGUGGAAGAAGAACUGGCAGUUGGGAAGGCAACCUCAGCAGUGUGGUACUGUAUGAUAUAAAGAAGAAUGAAUGUAAACAGUUGGCACCACUGCCGUAUGAAGUGAGUCUGAUGGCAACUGUGAGAUGGGGGGACAACAUCGUUGUUAUAGGCGGCGUUGACAAACGUGGCAAAGUAUUAGAUACAGUUAUCAUUUACAAUGUCAAGACUGAACAAAGUCACUUGCUGCCGUCAAUGAGAUGUAAGAGACAGGGAUGUACUGUAGUUGUUCUUGGAAACAACAUUGUAGUACUGGGAGGGUAUGAUGGACAAGGUGAACUGAAGUCAGUUGAAGCUUUCAACUUCGAUCGUAACACUUGGGAGGAACUUCCUGAAAUGUCUCAAGCAAGACAUCUUCCUACUGCUGUUGUUGUGUGA